CCCAGAUGAUCACUGAGAGACAGGCAGUCCGUCAGGCAGGAACCAUAACACCGCAGGGAAUAUGAUUGAUCUGCAUCUCAGGGCAGUCUUCUUGAGCUUUGUUAUUGUGUUGUGUUUUACUCUAGAGCUGUGCCACUGCGAAAGAAAUGGCAUACCAUCAAAAUUCAUCAGUAUAGCAAGACAUAAAAGGUCUGAACCGACAAUAUUUACUGUUGGUGAAGACGAUGGUGUGGAGGGGCCAGAGGCGGACCACAGUGAACACGUCAGGAGGAGACGUGACGCAGGUGACACCACACACAAACCUGAGAUAAGUUUGUUUCUCCUGAAUGACAGCCACCACCAGGUGAUGAUAGACUGGGCUGGAGAAGGAAGUAAAGUGGUGGUGUGUGUCACUCGAGAUGGUACCCAGACAAAUGCUUCGGCCUCACAUGUUUUCAUCUCAGAUGAUUAUGGAACCACCUUCAAGAAUGAAACAAACAAGUUCAGAACUUUUGGUGGGAGACCAGCUAUCAUCAGGAAGUUUUACAAGAAUGAUAGAUUUACAUCAAGGUUUGUCUUCAUUGAUGUGAUCAAUAAAUACAUUUUUGUGACUCAAGAUUAUGGGAAAACUGUUUCUAAUGUCAAAGUGCCAUUCACACCAUCUGAAGUUACCCAUCAUCCAUUUAAUGCAGAAGUCUUGUUGAUUUAUGAUAUGGAGGACCCUGAGCGCAAGUUGUGGAUAAGUGAAAAUUUUGGAGAGAGUUGGCGGAUUAUUGGAAUGUUCGUUAAGUCCUAUUACUGGUCAGAAACCACGUUCCCACCUACCCUGUAUGUUGAGAGAGAGGAGCCAUCAGGAUCAGCAUCCGUGGUUUCUUCAACAGAACUCUUCAGGGAUGGAACCAGACCAACAACAGUCAUAACAGGUGUAGAGGACUUUGAAGUAAAAGAUGAAUUCCUCUUUGCUGUGAAGAAAGUGCACCUUCUGGGAUCAUCAUCUAAAGAUGCAACUCUACAGAUGUGGAUAUCAUACCAAGGAGGACCCUUUUUGAGGGCUGAGUUUCCAAAUACCCUUGAACAUCAGCACUAUUAUGUUGCUAAUAUCUCUGAAGGCCAGGUGAUGGUGUGUGUAGCUCAUGAUCAGUUCAUGUCCAACUUGUAUGUGUCAUCAGUUCCAAGGUCAGCCCAUCAUGAAGUGCGUUUUUCUCUCUCCCUGGAACGUAUUUUAUACUUCAAUCCAUCGACAAACUGGGUUGACACCUGGUUAAGUGAAGUAUCAGACACAACUUUUGCUGAUCUGCAUCCAGUUGAGGGUGUGCGAGGGAUCUUCAUUGCAUCUCAACUCACAAGUAACUUUAGCCAGAUCUUUAGUAAGCUUGGACCAGAACACCUGACUUCAUACAUCACCUUUGAUCAAGGUGCACAGUGGAAGCCUCUUCAGCCACCUAGAAAAGAUGUUUAUGGCAAUUUCAUCGACUGUGAGAGGGCUAAGGGAUGCUCUCUGCAUGUGAGCCAAGAACUAAGUCACCUUUAUCCAGCUUUUCACACUUUGCCUGUAUUUAGUAAGAAGAGUGCUCCAGGUCUCAUCCUGGCUACAGGCACAAUAGGAACUUCCUUGAAGGGUCAUACUGCACUCUAUGUUUCUACUGAUGCUGGAAUCAAUUGGUAUCAGGUACUCAUGGGUAACUACCUUUAUACAAUUGGAGAUCAUGGAGGCAUCAUUGUUGCAGUGAAAUUUUACCGUGGACAUGGUGAGACAAAUGAGCUCCAGUAUUCAACUGAUGAAGGGGAGACUUGGCAGACUUCUAGUUUCUUCUCAGAGAGUCUUCGCAUAUAUGGCCUUAUGACAGAACCUGGUGAAAAUACAACUGUAUUUACUAUAUUUGGGUCAAAGAAAGAUAAGCAUCAGUGGAUCAUUGUCAAGGUGGAUAUGAAAUCACUUUUUCAAUAUCCAUGCUCUAAGGAUGACUACAAGACCUGGUCUCCCUCUGAUGGUCGUAGCGGACGGAUGUGUUUACUUGGACGCAAGCAGGUUUUUGAACGCCGUGUUCCUCACUCCAAUUGCUUGAAUCAAGUCAACUAUGAUAGACCAAUCUCAGUGGAAAACUGCCCAUGUGACCGGGAAGAUUUUGAGUGUGAUUUUGGUUUCAUUGAUGACAUGGAAUCCCAGAAAUGUUAUCAAGAUCCAGAGGUCUCUAUUGAUCUUUAUGCAGUUCCUAACACCUGUAAACCAGGGCAUUUUUACAAUAGGACAAACGGUUAUCGUCAAAUCCCUGGAGACACUUGCGUAGGUGGACGAGCGUACCAGUACACUCCUUCUAUCACUGCUUGUCCUGUCACUGAAGAGCAAGAAUUCCUGCUAGUAUCAGCUCGUCAAGAGAUCCUGCGAUAUGACCUUCUCAACCCCGAAGCUGGACUGCAACCUUUACCUCUACUAGAUUUGAAGAUGGUUAUUGCUCUUGACUUUGAUAUGUCAGCCAACUGUAUAUACUGGUCAGAUGUGAACGAAAAAAAGAUAUAUCGGCUGUGUUUUGAUGGAAAGCAUGACGUGGAAACUCUGGUAGAUACCAAAGUUCACAGCGUGGAGGGACUUGCUUUUGAUUGGAUUUCUAAGAAUCUCUAUUUUGUUGAUGGACAGCUAAAGACCCUUCAGGUUAUUCGAACAGAUAUCUCUAACUAUGGACGUAUGCGGCGGACUCUUCUGGACAGUAAAGAGUUGGAUAAUCCACGUGGCAUUGCUGUCCAUCCUGUUCGAGGGUAUCUGUAUAUAACGGAUUGGUCGGAUACUUCACCUAAAGUGGCUCGAGCUUUCCUUGAUGGAACCAAUUUAAUAACAUUAUUUGGAAUUGGCACUGUUGGGUGGCCCAAUGGCAUCACAAUUGACUUCCAGUCUGAGCGGAUCUUCUUCGCAGAUGCCAAGUUAGAUUAUAUUGCAUCAGCAGACCUGGAUGGACGCUAUAUGAGAAAGAUUAUAAGUAACAGUGACAAGGUUAUGCAGCCAUUUGCCUUGGGUAUAUACAAGUCAACCCUCUUCUGGGAUGAUUGGAAUGUGGACCAGGUGUUGCAGGCAGACAAAGAGUCUGGCUGGGGUAUUGCUCCAAUUGCUAAUUUUACAAGAACAGGACUUGUUGAUCUGAAGGUGUUUGGUCACUGGUCACAACUUGGUAACAAUAGUUGUGGGAACCAGACAACUGGGUGCAGCCACCUCUGUGUGGGUCGUCCCAACAACCAGUUUGCCUGUCUCUGCCCUGACGGCAUGGAGCGGCAGGUAGCAAGUUCAGGAUAUAAUGAACAGUGCAUGUGUCCAGAUGGAUCCCCUAUACAAGAGAAUGGAACAUGCAAAUCUGCAGGCAGUACCUGUCCUCCUAAUUUCUUCAAAUGCAAGAAUGAAAGAUGUAUCCCCAGCCAGUGGCAGUGUGAUAAAGACGAUGACUGCGGAGAUAACUCGGAUGAAGUUGGGCCUGAGUGUGGCGAAAAAUCCUGUGCAUCACCUUCAUGGCAGUGCAACAAUGGCCGAUGCAUUGUACAAAGUUGGGUUUGUGAUUAUGACGAUGACUGUGGUGACAACUCAGAUGAAGAGCACUGUCAUCAUGAAGAAUGUCCAGAUAAAUCCUUCAAGUGCAGGAAUGGGCGAUGUAUCCAUAUUAACUGGGUUUGUGAUAUGGAGGAUGAUUGCAGAGAUGGUUCAGAUGAGGACAAUUGUACCUCUACAGUUUCCAGUCAGUGCAGAGCCACAGAGUUGACCUGCGUAUCAGAUGGGCGAUGCUUACCCAAUUCAUGGCAGUGUGAUGGUGACCCUGAUUGUGCGGAUAAUUCAGAUGAGCUUAAUUGUGAGUCACACAUGUGUGAGUCCUGGCAGUUCCAGUGCCCCAACAAGCAGUGUAUCUUCGGGUCAUGGGUUUGUGAUGGAGAAUUUGACUGUUUGGAUGGCUCAGAUGAAGCUAAUUGUACCAAUGCUACCACACCUUCACCAUUGCCUACUGUUCCAUUAAGACCUUUUCUCCCACCUACAAGUGGAAACUGUACGGCACUGAUGUUCCGGUGUAAAAAUACCGAAUGUAUUCCUUUCUGGUGGAGGUGUGAUGGAUUGAAAGAUUGUGGAGAUGGCUCUGAUGAAGAAGGGUGUUCCCAACCAGAGAUUCAUACCAAUCCUACAACCCCAACGUCAACAACACACAAUAUGCCUGUAUGCCUGGAGGACCAGUUUCAGUGUAAAUCAGGCAAAUGCAUAUGGAGGGCUUGGAGGUGUGAUGGAACUAAAGAAUGUCUUCCUGAUGGAGAGGAUGAGGAAAAUUGCCAUCCUCCCUCAUCUUGUAAUGAAACAGACACUUUCCGCUGCAGGCAAUCUAGUGGUUGUAUCUCCAGGACACAAUAUUGUGAUGGUCACAAAGACUGUGCUGAUGGGUCUGAUGAGGAUGCUUGUAACACAGCCCCACCUGCAGUAGAUCACUGUCCUGAUAACUUCUUCAUGUGUGAUGGUGGUUUCUGCCAGGAGAUGUUCAAAUAUUGUGAUAGGAACCAGGAUUGUGUGGAUGGAACAGAUGAACACCAUAACUGCUCCUCUGAUAGUGGCAAGCAGUAUUUUGUGACAGACUUCCGAAUGACGGAAAUAACAAAUACUUCAGUCAGUGUGAAAUGGAAAGUUAAUGGUCAAGUUGAAGCCUCAUCCAACUUAGUAUAUAUGCCAUCCUACAUUGUUAAAGCUACUAUUGGUAACUCUCCUGCCUGGAAAAAUAUGUCCUGGACCUCAAAUAUGUCAUGCGAGAUCACCAAUCUAGAGCCUUACACGUUCUAUGUCUUGAAGGUGUAUAUCCGGGAACAGAAUGGAACAAAUAUCCUACCUCCCAUGAAUUCCACAGUUUUUCAGACACAACAAGGAAUACCAAGUCCUCCAGAAGAUGUAAAAGUGGAACAAGAUGGGGACUCUUUCAUUGUUAGAUGGAGUCCUCCCCAUAAGCCUAAUGGAGUAAUCAAGGAAUAUAGAGUAUAUUUGUCUAGCCCGAUUCCUGUUCGUUCACAUAUUCCUGAUGGUGUCUAUUUUGUAAAGCUCUCACCACAUUGGACUAACAAAACAGACAGUAUUUGGGUGACUGUAUCAAAUGACCUAUACAUGAGUGAAGAAAGUGAACAUGUUGAAAUUGUUCCAUCAUCUGUUGACACUCCAGUUCACAUACUGACCAACGAGAGUACGGAGACAAGUUUCAAAUUAUCAUGGGAACCCAUACCGGAAGUAGAUGGCUAUACGAUUAGCCAUUCACGUAAAGAAGAAAAGUAUCUGAUAGGAAAGAUUACAAAUAAAACCACGGACACCCAUAUUGAGAUAUCAGAUCUAGCACCAGGGAUGCAGUAUACUUUUGAGAUCAGAGCAUACAAAGAUCAGAAGAUUGGACCUCCACAGACUAUAAAUGUGAAAACUGAAGGGCAGCCAUUAUUACCAGUGGAAUCAUUACAGGCUGUACCCAUGAAAGAUAUUGGAACCACUGUAAAGCUCUCAUGGAAUGAGCCACCUUACAAAGGGAAAAAGGUUGUAUGGUCAUAUCGCAUUGUUUGGGGUAAGAGUCAUAAUGACCUCGAGCUUGGUACCGAUGUUGCUCAUACAUCAAACACAACACUUGUGGUUGAAGGACUAGAGGCCUGCGAGACCUACUUCAUAGCUGUGAUGGUAGGAGGACCCAUUGGCAUUGGCCCAAUUAAGUUAAAGCAGGUACUCACAGGAGAAGACCCACUUGCCCCACCAAGGAAUUUGCAUGUAAGCCUAGUCAACAAGACAAUGCUGAUUACAUGGGAACCAUCUUGUCCUCUGGCAGAAAAUAGUAACAGUACUCAUUAUUAUAUGCUCACCAUCACUGAAGUCAUUAGGAAUGAGACGUCAAGUUAUAAGUUGAUGAGUCGUAAUAACCACACACAGAGUCAUCAAGUUGAUGCUCACUGGGGUGGAUUGUACUCCAUUUAUGUUAGCACAUCAUUGGAAGGUGCUCGGCAGAGUAAGCCAUUUGAGUGUCAGGGUCCAGUUAUUCCAACACCAUAUGAACUGACCUUUAAUCCAAGUGAUGGAUCAUUCUUCUGGAGAAACAAUCGUUACUUUCCACAUGACCUUUUGAAUCAAAAGUAUAGCUACAUUUUGUAUAUAUCCAAGAACAAAAACAUGAGUGAUGCAACCACUUAUGAGUGUGACACUCCCCCAAUUGUGGUGAAUGAUCUUUCCAUAGGAGUUAUCUAUUAUGCUACUGUUGCUUUCAAGGAUGCUGACGGCUAUCUCUCACCACAAUCACAGUCUAUGCGAUUUGAGAAACACAUUGGUGAUGAAAUUGUGUUGUCGCAGAGCAGCGUAAUGGGUGUUGCUGUGUCAGUUUUCCUAGUGGUGGUGGCCUUAAUAGUGGUAGUAGGCAUACUGGCAGUGAGGCAUCGGCGUCUAGCACGAUCAUUCCUCACUUUUGCAAACACCCACUAUGACCGUUCACAAGGCACCACUCUUAUCACUACAGACCAUAAUUUGGACCCUACUUCACAUGGAUACGAAGAUGAUGAGCCUCAGAUGAAGAUGAUGACUCUCCCAUGAUCCGUGGAUUUUCGGAUGAUGAGCCACUGGUGAUCGCUUGAUGUCUGUCUGGUGUGGCCUGCUUCUCUGCCCCCUCUGACCCUUUACUGCAGGGGCCACAAGUCUUAUAAAGAUAAUUGAAACAUUUGGAAGAGUACGUUGAACUAUAUUUUUGUUUGUAUUUCAUUUCAUAUACAGUAUAUAUACCGUAAUAAAGGCUUUUAGUGUUUUCAUUCACAAUGAGUGAAGAAUGUGUUAGUUUUUAUUUUUUGAAUAUUUGUGUGUGUGUGUACAUGAAUGUGUGCAUCUUUGUAUGUGCCUACAGUCAUGUUUAUAACAGGAAUCUUUUUAGCAGAUAAAUUUUUAGGAAAAUCACCACCAGUUAGUGUCCUCAUCUGAAGCUUUCUCUUUUUCA